UCUGUCAUUGGGCUACAGCAUUCUGUUCAUCCUUCCUCUCUGUCAUUGGGCUACAGCAUUCUGUUCAUCCUUCCUCUCUGUCAUUGGGCUACAGCAUUCUGUUCAUCCUUCCUCUCUGUCAUUGGGCUACAGCAUUCUGUUUGUCCUUCCUCUCUGUCAUUGGGCUACAGCAUUCUGUUCAUCCUUCAUCUCUAUCAUUGGAAAAGCCUGGUCAGGGGCAUGGAUAGUUCUUAGUGUUGGGUAAUCAGACCCCCCUCUAUACACAGACACAUUCCACACCUCUCGGCUCCCCUCUUACACCUGAGGGGCCAAUUCUAGCGAUGUGUCUUUCUCUCUCAAUUCAAAGAGCUCUCUCUCUCUCUCUCUCUCUCUCUCUUUGUGUGUUUGUGUGUGUAAUGAUUCUAUGUCUCUACAUAGUGUUUCUUCAGGGUAUUUUCUUCUCUUUUCUCAUAGCCUUAAUCCUCUGUUUUCUUUAUGGUGUCUAUCUCUCCUCCAAUGGUUUUCUCCUUUCCCACCUUGUCUUCCUCCUUUUCCUCGUUCUUCCCUCCCCAGUUCUCACACCCCUCUAUCUUUGCCCCCUCCCCCUAACCCCUUCCCCCUCUCUCUUUCUGCCUGAGAGAGUUUAACCGUUCUGUCAAACCUCCCUUGCUACCUUCAGGGCUCUGCACAGACCGAUGAGUCUCCCUAGAUCUGAGGACAGUUUGGUGUUUCCCCUCCUAAUGGAUCAGGUUAGGAUUGUAGGAUGGUAAUCUGGUCCUAGAUCAGUGGUUAGGUUAGUAUCUAAUGGUUCAGGAUAGGAUUGUAGGAGGGUAAUCUGGUCCUAGAUCAGUGGUUAGGAUAGUAUCUAAUGGUUCAGGUCAGGAGGGUAAUCUGGUCCUAGAUCAGUGGUUAGGUUAGUAUCUAAUGGUUCAGGAUAGGAUUGUAGGAGGGUAAUCUGGUCCUAGAUCAGUGGUUAGAUUAGUAUCUAAUGAUUCAGGUUAGGAUUUUAGGAGGGUAAUCUGGUCCUAGAUCAGUGGUUAGGUUAGUAUCUAAUGGAUCGUAUAGGAUUAUGGGAGGAAAACCGAUCAGUGUAUUGGGUAACCAGCAUACUCAGGUGAGUCACAGGGGUCCAAGGUUCCAACAACAGAGACUGAUUGGCUAGAUCAGGGCUGCCCAAUUCUGUUCCUGGAGGGCCCAAACACUUCUUGUUUUUGUUUCUACCUGGUACUUAAUUACACUCACCUGGUGUCCCAGGUCUGAAUUAGUCCCUAAUUAGGAGGAGGGGAUGAACACCAGAAGUGUUUGGGCCCUCCAGGACCAGGAUUGGAUAGCCCUGGGCUAGAUGGACAGGUAAGCCCAAUGCUGAUUGGUGGAUGAGGACAUUGUGUUGUAUUGUGACAAACAUGUGUGUAUUGUGUGUUUCUGUUUAUCUAUGUGUGUGUGUGUGUCUCACGAUGAGUGUCCAUCCUUCUCAAGUUCCAGAGGAUAAAUGCUGACAAGCACAUGUCUCCAGCUGCUGAGGACUUCUCUCACCUGCCUCCAGAACAGAGGAAGAAGAGACUUCAAUCCAAGAUUGAUGACAUCACCAAGGAACUUCAGAAGGAGCUGGACCAGAGUGAGGCAUUAGAGAAGAUGAGAGGUGUUUAUGAACGGAACCCUCAGAUGGGAGACCCAGCCAGUCUAGAACCUCAGAUCACCCAGACCUCGCAGAACGUUGGACGACUCGGAGGACAACUCACCAAAUACGAGUCGUGGCUGGCUGAGGCUUUCAGAGGAGAUGAUUCUACCAACACUGCUGUCAACAACAAUCAAUACUGUUCCAUGUCAGCUGAUCCGUCUCAGAACAUCUACUCAGAGUUUGAUGAAGACUUUGAUGAAGAUGUGGAGACUCCUAUAGGAAAGGCUACUGCCCUCUACACCUUCCAAGGUUCCAGUCAGGGGACAGUGUCUAUAACAGAAGGCGAGCAGCUCAGUGUGAUGGAGAGUGAUAAAGGAGAUGGAUGGAUGAGGGUUCUACGAGCCAACGGAGACGAAGGAUACAUCCCCUCAUCCUACGUCAAGUUCUAGACAAUAACACACACAUGGAUACACCGAUUUAACGCACACACACCUUUCAGCCAAGGACUUUCAUUCUGUGUGUUACCACCCCUCCAUCUCUCUCUCACUCUACCUCUCUCUCUACCUCACUCUCUCUCUCUCUACCUCUCUCUCUCUCUCUCUCUACCUCCAUCUCUCUCUCACUCUACCUCUCUCUCUCUCACUCUACC